AUGUCAAGCAGCAAGUUUCUAGAAGCACUAGUCCGACUACCAGAGGAACUGCACAUGUUUAUUCUCCGCGAACUUUGCGUGGCAGACGUACUCGCGCUCCGGCACACCUGCCGUGCCUUGAACUGGCUCAUCAUAGGCAAUGCACCUGCCCUCGUUCGACACUGUGUUCGACAGCGGAUGGGAAGUCUACAUUUGCAAUUGUAUCCCGCGCCCAAGCCGGAUGGCUUGCCUCUUUCCUUUUUACUGGCCAUGCGCCGCCGCCACAUUGCUUCUAUCCGGCUGACGAGGCAACUCGCCAACCAGCUUGUUGGCCAGGGUGUGCAGUCGUCGUGUGGGCGGCAACGGCAGCUGUGGACGUCGGUGUACGAACGCAUGUUACCUCUGGUGUUUGGCGUUGGCUAUUUUCUCGACGAACAUCGGCGAGUGUUGCUGGAAAGGGAUCUGGGACGAAUCCGGCCGAGAUGGCCCAUUGGAUACGACAUUUGUACGACGGAGGCCAUUACCGGCGAGGAGCGCAUGGUGAUGAAGAAGCUGGAUGGGCCGCUGAGGUUGCAGUAUUUCUACCUGUACUGCUUCGUGCUGCAGGUGCUGCAACGCAUGCUGCGACCUAGCCAGCCAGGCGGGAUGAUGGAGAGGCGUGUUUGCAGGCAGGCAGUGUGUGCAGAGGAGAUUGCAUUCCUCGUCCUGCUUGGGGGCAUUGGGCAAAUGGCCAAACUCAUGGCCUGGCCGACGUAUGAAGAGCGGCGGGGCUAUCUGGAUGCGUACAUGACACACAUGUCGCCGCACAGCAGCAAGUGCUGGCGGCGACACUGGAGGAACAUUGGCGUGCUUUCACCCGCCUUGUUGGACGAGAUUCCGUGUGCGCGGAUUGGCAUCACCCGGCUGGAUCAGGUGUGGGCGCCUCUGAUUGCCCAAAUGAUGGGACCUGGGAUGCGGGAGUUUAGCGAGGCAGAGCGGGUUCGGUACGAGGAGGUCAGGAGAACGAAAAAGUACAUCAACGAGGUGGUAGGGUACGAUAUCCUGCAGGGUAGGACAGCCGAUGGUAGUAGCGACUUUGACGGCUUUGACGACUUGCCUGGCUCUGGACCGGAGAGAGCAUGGGCCAUGUACAAGUAUGUACCUUGGAAGCGGAAGCGGAAGAAAUGCUUGUUCGAGGCCAAGCGUGAGAUGGGACAUGACCUGACCGUCCGUCUCUCUUCGGCCGAGACAAAGGGCUCGCUGAGAAGGCCAUGUGCUGCAUGGUUGAAGAGUAUUAUUAUUAUUAUUAUUAUUAUUAUUAUUAUUAUUAUUAUUAUUAUUAUUAUUAUCAUCAUCAUCAUCAUCAUCAUCAUCAUCAUCGCUACUAUCAUAGGUGGCCGUAUUGGAUUUGUCGGCGGGGCGAGCAGCGGACAAGCGUGGUGGGCACUUGCCACUUGGGCCGGCCGGGGCAAGGGCAAGGGGCAGAAGGCGGAAGGCGCAGGGGGGGUUUCUCGGUUUGUCGUCUGCACUCACUCCCACUCACUCCCAAAAGAGGACAUGGUGGGUAGCCAGGGCUGGCCCGGCUGGCCAAUGGGAGGUUGCUGA